AAUUACAUAAUGGAUCGUAAUUUCAAAGAAGACGUCGAAUAUCCAAAGACGUUAGACAGAUUAGAUCCUUUGAGACAAUUCACGCAUAGAUUUUAUCAGACGAAAGGAGAAAUUUAUCUUUGUGGUCAUUCCGUAGGAUUGGCUUCGAUUGACGCCGAGAAAAGCUUAAACGAUCUUUUGGAAGUUUGGAAGAAAGAAGGCGUUAGAAUUUGGAUGUACAAUAACUACCAAUAUGUAAAAUAUUCAAGUCUCCUGGCUGAACUAAUGGCCCCUUUGAUAAAAGUACAGCCGAAUGAAAUUGUUAUAUCUGGAUCUUGUACCUCUAAUAUACAUGUAGCUAUGUGCACAUUAUAUAAACCGACAAUAAAAAAAUAUAAAGUAUUAGUUGAUGAUAUUAAUUUUGCAUCGGACCGCUACGCCGUUGACAGUCAAGUCAGAUUAAAUAACUUAGCACCCAGCGAUGCAGUCAAGGUCGUUCGUUGUCAAGGAAGUUUCAUGAAAGAAGAUCUUAUUAUAAACUCAAUGACGACAGAUGUCGCUUUACUCCUUCUUCCAGCUGUUUACUACAAAACUUCGCAAGUUUUAGAAUUAAAGAGAAUCUGUGAGAAAGCGCACGAACUUGGAAUUAUCAUCGGAUUGGAUAUAAGUCAUGCGAUAGGUGUUAUAGAUCUAGAUUUACAAAUUUUGAACAUAGAUUUCGCCGUCUGGUGCACUUAUAAAUACCUGAACGGAGGUCCAGGGUCUUGCGCUGGUUUGUACAUGAAUAAAAAACAUUUCAAAUUAAGUCCAGGUCUAGCCGGCUGGUACGGCAACAAGGAUGAAAAUAGAUUUCAGUUCAAGCAGGAAUUCGAUCAUCAGAGAAAUGCCAACGGUUGGCAAAUCGGAACACCUUCUUUAUUUUCAAUGGCACCUUUGAAAGGUUCACUCGAAAUAUUCAAUGAAGCAGGAAUAAAUAACAUAAGAAAGAAAUCAUUGCAUAUAACAGCGUACUUGAUGUAUCUUAUCGAUACGAAGCUAGUACAUUACGGGUUUAGUGUGGGCAAUCUUAGAGAAGAUGAGAAGAGAGGAGGCCAUGUAUCAAUCAUACAUGUGGAUGCACAAAGAAUUUCAUUAUCAUUGAAAAGUCGUGGUGUUGUGACAGACUUCAGAGAGCCUGACAUAAUGCGAGUAACUCCGAUAGCAUUGUACACAACUUAUUUACAAGUUUAUGAAUUUGUAGAAAUCUUAUUGUAUAUUAUGAAGAGUAAAACGUAUUAA